GCGGGCGGCCGUGCGUAGAGGCCGCUCGGGGGCGCCGCGGACGCUCGUCGGGGAGCGCGAGGCCGGCGUCCUGCCCUCGGAACAAUGGGAGUCGGCGCGCGCGGCGCCUGGGCCGCCCUGGUCCUGUGCGCGCUGCUGGUGCUGGCGCUGCUCAAGGCCGCCGUGGACAGCGCGGGCCUGCACGAAUCUGUAAAGACAAAGAACUUGGUGCCUUCAGGAAACCACAGCACGAACCCCCCAGAAAAUGUCACCACUGUGACCUCCAACUACACGAGCCAGCCCACCAGCACCUUGAGACCGUCGACAACGCCACGGUCUUCAGCUGCCAAGACAGAGGCGGUCACGGCCUUGACAUCCACAGCAGCAGCUCGAAUCACCACAGCUGUGGACUCCAAUAGGACUCACACCGGCUCGGUUUCCCAGAACAUAACCCAGAUGACGCCGGCCUCAGUGACCGCCCCAGCCCACAACAGUUCGGUCACGUCCGUUUCUUCCUCCGUGACGCUCACACCAACUAUUAAUUCUACCGGAAACCCAGGAUCAAAAUUCGACAUUGGCAGCUUCCUGGGCGGCAUCGUGUUGACGCUGGGGGUCCUGUCGCUUCUCUAUGUCGGAUGCAGGACGUACUAUUCAAGACGAGGCAUUCGCUACAGAACCAUUGACGAACACGACGCCAUCAUUUAAGGAAAGGCAAGGACCCACGGCAAGAAGAUUGGGAACAGCCCUCUCUCACUUGUGGUGACGGCCACGCGCCUGCUGUACAACGUAUCGCGAAAAGGGUCUGGGUUUCUACAUUGUGUCUGAAACAGGUAGUUAAUGUUGACUAACAAGAGACAAGUCCUCCCCUUCAGCGUAGCCCUGGUCACCCUAAGGCGUGACUAACGACCUCCUCCCCAAAGGGCACCCCCCCCUUCGGACCUUGGCAUUUUCACGCUGACGCCGCGGAGCAGAAAGCACAGGGAAGCCGCAGCUCUUCCAGCUCAGUACUCGGGUUUUGAAACCAACGGCACUGCCCCAGCCCCCGCUCAAAGCUAGACGCAUCGACAGCCUCGGCCCCGCCGGGGAGCCCGUUCCUCCUGCAGCCUCCUCUGGGCUCCGGGUGGUUGGUGUAGGUCAGGGGAACGGCCGUGCUGACCAAGGGUUUAAAGCGGCUGUGAGAACAGUGGCCUUGCCGGAAACUGCACGGCUGACCCUGGAGUGGGACCCCGUAAUGCAGUGGGACCCCCCACCCCCGGCUCACGGCUGCGUUACUACCCCAGGAGGGCGCCCCUCCCCUACAGCAGGAUGCUGCUGCAUUCUUGUGCACUGUUGAUUUUACUCCGAUUUGGGGAAAUUAGUAUACUAAAAAAACCUUUGUACUGGGAUUAGAGUCUUCAGUUUUUAAAAACAGAAACUUACGAGUCCUGAGGCCCCUCAUCUCCCGUGGAGGGCACCCGGCUCUGUUGUGCUGACAGCAGCGUCCAUCCACGGAGGUCCAAGGGUUCGGCUUUAUGGUUUAGAUUACAGCAGCGAAAACUCAGGGUCCAGUUUGACAAAAAGAAAGAAAAUAAAAAGUAUUUAGUCCACCUAAGUGACCACCCAGGCUAGGCUGUACUUCAUUAAAAUGGCAUUUCUGUUUCUGCUAAUUCAGAAAUAGCUUAGAUGUCCAAAUGACCCUGCGUCUACACCGAACAGGGUUUAAGUGUAACUUGGGACCAGCUUUUGGCUUUCAGAGAACGCCAUGAAUUUCCUAUGAAAGAGCCAUUUCUCCUCUGCAUCACGGUCCACGGACGUGAGGACCAGGGGACAGGGCGGGUCUGUGAGACACACACUGCGGCAGGAAGCCACGGAAGCACGGGGCAGCCCCGGCUGCAGAAAGGGGGGCCGUGGUCGUGACCUGACAGCGCCGCUGGCUCUCACUGUGAAAUCCACUCACGCUCUGAGAACAUGCUUCCGUCUGGAGUCCCACGAGGGCCUUUCAGUCGUCCGUUUCCUGCCUGCUUCCCACUUCAGGGCUUGGGGUCCAUCAGAACCUGGAAGCCGGGCCUGACUCUGCCUGUUAGAAGAAAUGCCGUUAAAUGCCUUUCCAGCUGCCUUUGGGUCUAAAAACUGUCUUCCGUGUCAGGAAGCUGGAGCGCGGCUCCCUCCGGCCCCCGUGCGGAAACGGGGAGUUGGGGGCAGCACCACGGCUCCCACGUGGCCCCCACGUUCUAAGCCUAAAUUCCUGUCCUCGGUGUGUUUGCUUCCGCAGAUGCGCACUUCUGUUUGCUUCCUUGAGAAUGUGUCCACUUGAAGAGCUGCUAGAAUCCAAUCUGGACUGUAGGUCAUUCAAACCAUGAGCAUUUCCCCCACAGAUAAGAGCUGCCAAUAUAUCAGUAGGAAUUUUGUAUUUUUCAGGAGACAAACUUAAAGCAGAUUCCUUUUCUCUUUUAUCAUAAUAAUCAACUUUUGGUAUUUCACUGUUACUGAGAUCUAUUUUUAGAAUAAAAUUUUGUUCUUCAUUUAA